AUGGAGGGCGCGGCAAGGCCCGGCCCUGGCGGGGCUCCCGGGGGGCCGUCCGCGGUGGGCCCUGUGCUGGCGAGCGGCCCCGAGGAGGCGGCGGCCGCAGGGCAUCUGGGGCAGCGCGCCCCUCAGGGCGGCCUUUCCCAGCGAGGCCCCGUGGCUGACGGGCCCCCGGGGGACGGCGCUCAGGAGCAGGCCGCCAUCUUCGGGCAGGCGGGUGGGCGGGCAGCUGAGGCCGGGCCCCAGGGUGCGCAGGCGGGUAGCGGCGAGGGCUUGCUGCUGGUGCCGGGGGACGCCUUGGAGGUGGUGGCUGAGGAAGAGGUGACCCUGGACAGCGACGGCGAGGACGGAGACCCGGGCGAGGGCGCAGGCCUGGCGCUGGCAGCGGCCGUGGCCAGCGGGGGCGGGCAGCCAGGGCCCGCUCCCGCGGUCACCGCCCCAUCGGUCCUGGAGGCGCUGCAGGCGCUUCAGUUAGAGCUGGAGCCAGUCAACAGGCAAGCCAGCCGGGCCUACUGCAGGCUGAAGCUCAGGAUGCGCCAGCGGCGCCAGCCCCAUCUGGAUCGCCGAGGCACCAUUAUUCAGGGCGUGCGUGGCUUCUGGGCCAAGGCCUUUGUGAACCACCCCCAGAUGUCAGCCUGGCUGAGUGACGAAGAUGAAGACAUGCUGGGCUACAUGAUCAACCUGAAGGUGGAAGAACACAGAGAUUGCUGCAGGAUUUCGUUGCUCUUUCGGAACAACCCCUACUUCCAGAAUGACGUGGUCAUCAAGGAGUAUCUCGUGCACAUCACUGGAUACAGGCCCUCUCACUCCACUCGCAUUCAGUGGCACCAGGCCUACCAACGGGAAGCCUACAGCCGCAGGCAUGACAACAGCAGCCUGAACUUCUUCAACUGGUUCUCCGACCACCAUUUUGCAGGCUCUAGCAGGAUUGCCGAGAUCAUUUGUCAGGACCUGUGGCCAGAUCCCCUGCAGUACUACCUGAGGAGGAAGGUACAGGGAGAACGAAUCGUGAGGCGGAGAGGGAAGACCCAGAGUCACGCCAAGGAUGGGGCUACUGCAGGUGAAGAUGUACGGUCAGGAGGGUUCUGCUACACCGGGCAUCAGUGAGAGCGGACCUGUGGUGUCUCCUACAGAGUGAGGCUCAGCGAAACCUGGGUCGUACCUCUGGAUUAUAAAUAAACCCUGCCUAGUCAGGCUC